AUGGACCCACAGCAGAUGCUGGAGGGACAGAUGCAUGUUGCAGAAAGUCCCACUGAGUACAGUCUCACAGACAAUGUCAAGAAGAUACUAGAAAAUGAGAAGAUUAAUGCAGAAAAGUCAUCACAACAGAAGGUAGAUUUCCAGUCUCAACAAAUCCUGCCUACCUGGAUCAGACAAUUGUGCCCUCUCUUAUUACAGGGACUUGCUGUGCUCACAAAGGAUGUCUUGCAAAUCCCACUGAAUUUCUAA